AUGCCUGAACGAAAUAGAACUUUUCUCAAUAUAUCAGGACUACACGACUGCAUGUUUGUACCAGUGGAAUCCACGUCUGGCCCAGCACAUCCAAUGCCAUCCACCAAAGAGAUCACUAUCGUUUGCUUGCUCUUUGUAGCUGUCAUCGUUUUUCAGGUCUAUGUCUUCCUGAAACUUGACGAUCCCCAAAACAGCGUUGAAGAAAUCGACAAAGAGCGUCGAGAAGAGGAACGAAGGCGACGAAACGAUCUUUUAAUGAAAGCGCUGAGUGCUUUCUGAACAUACUGAUAAAGUUGUCAGAAACUCCGCCACGUUCAAUCCCUAUGAUCUCGUACGACAGGUUGCCACAACGCACAAAUACACAAAAGCACAAAUCGACACGCAGCUUUCGCUGUUUAUUGUUUGUUGAAUAGUUGAUUAUCGUUAGAUAUUUGUGGAGAAGUUCCUUCUAUGUGUAUGUACAGUUUUUUUUUGUGAUAUAAUUGUGAUAAGCUGUGCCUUUAUUUGCAUCCUUUGUGAAACGGUGUUUUUAAUAAUGUAAUAUGCGGGAAAAAUUGUUCUUUACUCUCUCGCGUUUACUUCUUCUCCUGGUUGUGUCAAGAAGUCGAGAGUCAUCAUUGCUACUAUUCAUUUUUCGUUAUUUUGCCUUCUCAUCGCUUUCUGACUCAGUCAAUAAAUCUUUU